CUCGCAUCUUCCGUUCCACUUCCCACGUCUUCUGCAGCAUUCUCUCAAUCUUCCUGCCUUUCUGUUGCUCUCUUGUUUCAUCUUCUUUCAGUUCGGUCUCUGUUGUUGUCCUUCCUCCAAGACAUUCGACAGCCAACAAACUCAUAACGAUGAAUUCCCUUGUAGCGACGACUCGAAACUUUAGGCAGGCUGCCCGCCUCCUUGGCCUUGAUGCCAAGCUGGAGAGGAGCCUCCUCAUCCCCUUCAGAGAAAUCAAGGUGGAAUGCACGAUUCCUAGAGACGACGGCACCUUGGCCUCCUACGUGGGGUUUAGGGUUCAGCAUGACAAUGCUCGCGGUCCCAUGAAGGGUGGGAUCAGGUACCACCAGGAGGUUGACCCGGAUGAGGUGAACGCUUUAGCACAACUUAUGACGUGGAAGACUGCUGUAGCAGAUAUUCCUUAUGGAGGUGCAAAGGGUGGAAUUGGAUGUAAUCCAAAGGAUUUAAGCAGUAGUGAGUUGGAGAGGUUAACACGUGUCUUCACUCAAAAGAUUCAUGACCUUAUUGGGAUUCAUACAGAUGUCCCUGCUCCAGAUAUGGGAACUAAUUCGCAAGUUAUGGCAUGGAUCCUGGACGAAUAUUCAAAAUUCCAUGGUCACUCUCCAGCUGUUGUUACAGGAAAACCUAUAGAUCUUGGUGGAUCAUUAGGAAGGGAUGCAGCAACUGGACGAGGUGUCAUAUUUGCAACUGAUGCUUUAUUGGCUGAAUAUGGGAAAUCAAUCUCAGAUCAGAAGUUUGUUAUUCAGGGUUUUGGGAAUGUGGGUUCUUGGGCAGCUCAACUUAUCCAUGAAAGAGGAGGCAAAGUUGUUGCCAUAGGAGAUAUUACAGGUGCUGUAAAGAACGGCAAUGGAAUUGACAUACCAGCUCUCGUCAAGCACAAAAAUGAGACUGGUGGCAUAAAAGGUUUCAGCGGUGCAGAACCACUGGAUCCAGACCAGCUUCUUGUGGAAGAGUGUGAUGUUCUCAUUCCAUGUGCGUUGGGUGGAGUAGUGAACAGAGAAAAUGCUGCUGACGUGAAAGCUAAGUUCAUCAUUGAAGCUGCAAACCAUCCUACAGAUCCGGAAGCAGAUGAGAUUUUGUCUAAGAAAGGAGUGAUGGUACUUCCUGAUAUAUAUGCCAAUGCUGGUGGUGUGGUCGUUAGUUACUUUGAAUGGGUUCAGAAUAUUCAAGGAUUUAUGUGGGAUGAAGAUAAGGUCAACCAGGAGCUUCGGAAGUACAUGAUGAAGGGAUUCAAUAACAUCAAGGAAAUGUGUAGAACAUAUGAAUGUAGUCUGAGGAUGGGUGCUUUCACUUUAGGAGUUAGACGAGUUGCUCGUGCAACUGUCCUUAGGGGCUGGGAAGCGUAAGUAAUAGGAUUAUCUGCAACAGUUUGAAGAAUAAGUAACCAUUACACUAGGAAAAGCAGUCAUCUUAUUGGGAGUUUCUUUUUUCUGCCUCUUACCAGUAAUUUUUCAACUGAGAGAUCAGUUAGUUCUUUGAUGGAGUUUCAAUUGUACUUAACGUUUGUACCUUUGGAAGCUUAAUGAUGUCAAGAUGAAAAAUAUGAAAAAAACAAAAUUUCAUGCCAUGCAGUUUUAGUUAGCCGUCGCAUUUGAUGUCGGGGAGACAUUGAAACUUGAAAGCAGCUUGAUACCCGCGCGUGUACGAGCUCUGGGUGUAUUUUUCUCCAAUUCUUCGUGUAAUUUCUGGUCUGCAUUAAGCCGGUCUUUCAAAAAGGUUUCAUUUUCCAACUGUGGCACGCUGCCGCCGUCUUGUCAUGGCUUUCUCGGAUCCACAGCUAGAGAGAGAGAGAGAGAGAGAGAGAGAGAUGGCACGCCAUUCUCGGAAGUCUCGCCUAUCAGCAGGAAAACUCAGAACAGAAAUGGCGCCAGCGGUGAAAUUUUAAAUAUUCAAACGCGCUGCCAUCCUCUCUACACGCUGUUUCCCUGUGCAGUAUAUUAGUAGGGGUCCCUUCCCGGUUGAUCCAUUCCAUCUCUCUCUCCGUCCUAGUAAGGCUCCCCAUGAUGAUGGACAGGCGGAGGAAGAUCACUCCUCCACGGUCACUGCGUUGCGCCAGGCAGAAUGGCAAGCACUGGAGGUGCAAAAACUGGCGCCUCCAUGACAAACCCCUCUGCCAGGUCCACUACUUCCAGCACCAGGCCCUUCUCAAUCAGGGAAAAUCCCUGCCUUCGAAUGCCAUUGCCGCUCCCAACUACGGAAGCCCGGAGAAGGGAGAGAACAAACCUGCGGGGAAGACGAAGAAGAAGAGGAAGAAGGUGGCUGUCGCUGUUGAGCGGAGGAUAUCCAGCCGGCUGCAGGAUGAAGCCUCUUCUUCAGAGUAACGGCCUGUUGAGAUAGCGCGCCUCGGGGACUCAUGAGGAAAGAUCUUUUUGCUCCGUCUCGUUCCUCCGUUUUUUGUGAAUGUCAUCAACGUGUUUGUCCCUGGGACUUCUUGUCCAGUACAUGUAUUUACUCCUUACACUUGAAUGCGGUUUCAAAAACGAA